AUGUUAGUUGGAAACGACUAUUAUUUGGAUUUUAUUCUGUGUCAAAAGAUCGAACUAAAUCCUGGUUUGUUCCUUCUUGGGUCUAAGUUAGGAUGGUACCUUACCGGAAGAACUUCUGAUCAAGAUAGCGAUGGCCCAUGUAUGCUUAUUCUAACGCAUGGUAAUAAUGCAACAAAUACAAGUUUAUUUGCCGAUGUGGAUAGUGUUGUACCUGUGAAACCAAAUUUAGAAGACUUUUGGAAUGUGGAGUCAAUAGGUAUUAUAGAAAAACAAAAUAUCUCAGAUGAUGAACAUGCAAUGAAAAUGUUUCAGGAUACAAUUCAGUUUGAAAAUGGCCGAUACCAAGUCACGUGGCAUUGGACUGAAGAAUUUCCUGAUUUACCUGUGAACAGGGACUUGGCAAUAGGUCGCUUAAAAAGCUGUGUUAAUAAACUAAAAACAAAACCUGAGUUAAUGAUGAAAUAUGAUGAAGUUAUGAGAGAUCAGCUAAGUAAAGGUGUUAUAAAGAAAGUUGAAAAACCACAAGUAGAUGGUUUGGUACAUUAUUUGCCACACCAUGCUAUUACCACACCACAGAAAACAACCCUUAAGAUACGCGUAGUAUACGAUGCUUGGGCGAGAACCAGAAAAGAAAAUAAAAGUCUAAAUGAGUGCAUGUACAGGGGACCAGUAAUGCUACAGGACCUCUGUGGUAUGUUACUACGAUUCAGGAUGCAGCCGAUAGCAAUCGUUGCCGAUAUAGAAAAAGCAUUUUUGCAAAUUGGAUUAAAACCUAGUCAGCGUGAUGUCACAAGAUUUCUUUGGUUGAAAGACUGUAAAAAUCCUACUGUAGUUACUGACAAUAUACAAGAAUUCAGAUUUUGUAGGAUUCCUUUUGGAGUAAUCAGUAGUCCGUUCUUAUUAGGAGCAACGGUAGACUUCCAUUUAAAAUGUUAUGAAAAUCCAGUUGCAGAAAAUCUAAGAAACAACAUUUAUUUAGACAAUGUUAUCACCGGAGCUGAAAACACAAGUGAAGCAAUACAGCUAUAUACAAAAUCAAGGGCAAUGUUUGCAGAUGCCUCGAUGAAUUUACGGGAAUGGAUUACCAAUAGUGAUUUUGUAAAUGAGUCAUUCCAAAGGAAGACAGAGCCGAUACGAAAAGUGUUAAAGUACUUGGACAUCAUUGGAAUGUCAAUGAAGAUACAGUUACAAUAA